AGCGAAACAUAUGUAACAUCCGAAGACCCGCCGAAACCGUGUCUUCUCGACGCCGUCGUUGAACUCUUUCCUCUCCUAUUCGUCCGGCGUCGGGAAUCUCGGACGAAUUCGGAAGUCAUAACCUUCGUUAAUCCCGCCUCUGAAACAAAUGACUAUGUCCGGCGGCGGUGGCCGAGACUCCGAAUCAGCUAUAGAUAACGAAUUAGAGUAUCUCCGUAAUCGCGUCAAGGAGUUAGAGGCGGAGAAUGCCAAAUUGCUAUCACAGGUUUCAAGCUGCCAAUGCCAACAGAUGGAAGUGCCUGUGUUAGAUUCUGGGAAUUUUGUUAGAAGAAGCAGGAGAGGUAGAAAACGAGUUGAUAAAAGCAUACCGAUCCAUCUUAUCUCAAAGAGAUAUGUUGCUCUCAAAAUCAUGUAUUUUGGCAAGAGAUUCUAUGGCUUUUCUGCCGAAGCACAGAUGGAACCAAGUAUUGAGUCAGAAAUUUUCAAAGCACUAGAAAGGACACGGCUUUUAGUUGGUGACAUUAAGGAGUCUAAUUACUCCAGGUGCGGGAGAACAGAUAAAGGUGUUUCAUCAACAGGUCAGGUGAUUGCUUUGUUUGUAAGGUCCAGACUGAAGACACCUUCUAUAGUCUCUGAAAUUAAUGCAAGACCAGAAUAUGAUUAUGUAAGAGUGUUGAAUCGUGCUCUCCCUGAUGACAUCCGAGUUUUGGGAUGGUCUCCCGUUCCCGAUGACUUUCAUGCAAGGUUUAGUUGCUCGGCUAGAGAAUACAAAUAUUUCUUCUGGAGACAAAACCUAAAUCUUUCGGCCAUGGACAUUGCUGGCAAGAAGUUCAUUGGAGAGCAUGAUUUCAGGAACUUUUGCAAGAUGGACGUAGCAAAUGUGCAUUGCUAUACACGACGUGUUACUUUCUUUGAAGUCUCUCCUUGUCAAAAUAGUCACGAGGGUGAUCAGCUUUGCACAUUUACAAUGAGAGGCAGUGCUUUCCUUUGGCACCAGGUUCGCGCCAUGGUUGCUGUGCUAUUCAUGAUUGGACAGGGCGUCGAAUCGGUUGAUGUGAUAGAUACAUUGUUGGACACCAAGAAAACGCCAAAAAAGCCUCAAUACCUCUUGGCCUCGGAGAUCCCCUUAGUCCUCCGUACAUGCGAAUUCGAAAAUGUGAACUUCAUUUGUUCUUCAGGUGCUUUAGAGUCAUUGAGGUCUCAUUUCAAGAAAGAGUCGCUGACGUACCAACUAGAGUCCGUGAUUUUCCAGGAGGCUCUCCGGAACUGUUUACCUAUAGGCAAUGAUGAAAUCUCAUGUAAUAUUGAUGAAAAGAAGAAGAAAGCAGCAAUACACGUUCCUCUAUUAUCUCGACCAACUGAGCCUUCGUAUGAAGAACGAUCUGCGAAAUUGAAACCCAGACAAGAAGAAACAUGUCCUGUUUAGUGUAAUCGACCAAAGCGGGAUCAUCUCGGCGACCAUCAAAGAAAAGAAAGGCUUCUCAAUUUGUUUGUUGUAGCAGUUGAUUGGGGAUUUAUGAUUUGAUGAUAUAAAUUUUGAUUUCAUUAUAAGAUGAUUCGAGUCUAUUCAAGAUUUUAUGUAGAUUCAUAUUGGGUUCAAACUUUUGUUUUUUUUUCUUUUAACAGUUUGCAUAUGAAUACAGUUUCUAUAUUAUUAUUUUAAAAUUGUGAGCAAGGCAGACACUAAAAAUCUUAUGCC